UCUCUGCACGUUUAGAAAUGGACGCCUCCGAUGAGCGAAACGGGAGAAGCGCCCCUUAUGAGCGAACUAUAUGGAAAUUUCCUUGGCACCCCCCCCCCAACCCCCACCCCGUACGGGCAGACCGAUUAGGAAAUGGCUGCCCUAGGGGGGAGCCAAUUAGGAAAAGGCAUCUAUUCCUCAUUCCAGGCAUGACCUUAACUGCCCUCUGGAUUUCGGCCACCACCGUCCCCCUUCCUGGUGUUCAGGACACAAACUCCACAACCCCAGGCAGCAGUCCUGUCAGGCGGGAAGUUCCUGGGCUGAUGUGAAAGAAACCCCGCCUCUGCCAGGAGGUGUCCACACCCAUUCAGCAAACCUUGACCCAGCCCCAUCGUGUGCCCUGCUGUCUGCUGGGGAGCUAGACUUGUAACAGAAAAAAAGGGGGGGAGGUGAGGACAGGGAAGACACAGCUCGUGGAGUUUGCCCUAGAAAGGUCUAGAAAUUUUGCUAUUGAUCCCUGCCCAUCGUGUUUAAAGAGGUUGGAGACAAAGAGGAAUGAUAAUAGAGCUAGUGUUCCAGCCCACAUGUAUUGAGCACCAACUGCAUGUAAUCACCCGGAUAACCUCUUCCUACAUCAUGCCCGACCCUCUCAGGUAGGUGACAAGGUAGGUAACAGAGGGGCCUCUGAAUGUCAUCCAAGACUUUUGAAACCUUUCAAGAAAAGGUGUUUCAAAGAUUCUGCCAGUUCUUGGUAUUGCUGAAGGUGGAGAACCAAGAUCCACCGUAGUUUUGUGUGUGUGUGGGGGGGGGGGUGGUUUGGGGUGGGGUAGCCAUGCCACGCGGGGCAUGUGCGAUCUUAGUUCCCCGACCAGCGAUCGAACCCAUGCCCCCUGCAGUGGAAUUGCAGCGUCCUAACCACUGGACCACCAGGGAAUUCCCGAGAUCCACUCUACUUUAAUUUAGGAAAACACAUUAAGGAGCCUUUUGGUUGUGAAAGGCCAGGUGUAGUCCACAGCCAGAAACGGGUGCUGGGAACAUUUGGGGAGCAUGAGGAAUUGGAAGGUUGGGAUUUGGGGGCCAGACUAUGGAGUUUGAGCUUUGUCCUUCACCACUAGGGAGCCAUUGAACGUUUUGACACAGGGAUGUGCUCAGAGCCAUCCUUUAGGAUGUUCCCUCUGACAGAAGGCAACAGAGAGAGACCUACUUAGGAGUCAUUACAGUGGUCCAGCCAGAGAAGACAAAGAUCCCAAUAGCAGCAGGUGAAGUUGAGAGACCAGAUGUCAGGAAUAUUCAGGAACGAGAGACGUGAGGGCUUGUUUAUGGAUGGGUAACUGAGAAAAGGCUGGACUUCUACUCUGGGGUUGCCAUGGUGAUGAGCUGGUUGGUCCACCCUGGAGCCAAGAGACCCUGUCCUCCAGCCCCACUCACCGUGUUUGUCCAUUCUUCCCAGAGCUGUGCUGCCCUCUUCCCUUGAUCAGGCACUGGGAUGCGAGGGAGUUGCCAUAGAACUUGGUCUGGUCUCUAGGGCCUCUGUUGGAUUACGAGGGGGCGGGGCUAGAACCCGGCUUGCUCAUAAGGUUCCACCCUCAGAUAGUACCUUCUCUCUCGGGAAGGUAUUAAAGGGGAAAGAGAGCAACUUUGGCCGCCAAUAGACUGGGAUCAAAUCCCAGCUCUACCAUGUAAAUAUAAAAGCUAUAUGCGCUUUAGCACAUUCUCUCUCUGACCCUCAGUCUCUUUUUCUGUAAGUCAGAGAUGGCAGUGCAGUACCAGACUUUACCUGGCCCACAGAAAGCCCUUAAAGCAUUAGGUUUAUUUGCAUCACUAUUUUCUCUCCUCCCGUUUCUGUUCUGUCUCUGUCCUUCCCCACCCCUGCUCCCCACCCCACCCACUUCCAGCUCAUCGCUUUAGCUCUGAGGAGUGGAGGGCAUGUUGUCAAGUCCUGAAGGAAGCAGGACUCAGGCAAGAGCCAGGUGUAGCUCCUGGAGGGGUGCCAGGGAAUACCUGCAUAUGCAGUGGUUUGCAUUACAAAAGGAACCAUGAGCUUAGGGAACCCUAAUUUUUUUUUUUAAGAUUUAUUAUUUUAUUUAUUUAUUUUUAUUUUUUGGCUGUGUUGGGUGUUCAUUGCUGCACGUGGGCUUUCUCUACUUGUGCCGAGCAGGGGAUACUCUUCAUUGCGGUGUGUGGGCUUCUCAUUGCUGUGGCUUCUCUUCUUGUAGAGCAAGGGCUCUAGGCACGUGGGCUUCAGUAGUUGUGGCACAGGGGCUCAGUAGUUGUGGCUCACGGGCUCCAGAGCGUAGGUUCAGUAGUUGUGGCACACAGGCUUAGUUGCUCUAUGGCAUGUGGGAUCUUCCCAGAUCAGGGCUUGGACCCAUGUCCCCUGUAUUGGCAGGCGGAUUCUUAACCACUGUGCCACCAGGGGAAUCCUGGGAACCCCAAUCGUUUAUACUGGGCAGUAACCAAACCUGUUCUUUGCUCCAGAAAAAGACACUAUCUCUAUCUUCCAAGACUGUUCACUAUAUAAACAUCCUUGAAAAGUCAGUGCCUCUGCUUGCAAGACAUGCAAAAAUAAGAAGGACCCGUGGACAACUGUCUCCCCCCUAAAACCCCAUUCUCCUUACAUUUACUGAAAGAGCUUAUAGCCACCUUGGUUCUUGACUGCAAAAUUCAAAAGCUUUUCUGGCUAAUUUACAGAAAAAGAAUAAUGAGAGCUCACAGAAUGGCUGGAAGACUUGACAGUUGGAAGUCAGGUUCUCUCUCUGGGGCUGGGCCCAUCUUCCCUAAAUUCAAGAAAGCGCUACCUAAUACCUGACCAAAAUAGGAUUCUAUUAGCAAGAAAGGAAAACAAAUAGCUCCUCUAUUUUGGGGUAACCAGCCUCUAAAAUGGCUCCCAAUGACCCCUGUUCUCCUGGUAUUCACACUCUUAUGUAGAACCUGCCCACAAGAAAUAAGGCCGACCUGGGUAACUGAUAGGAUAUUGUGGGAAUUACAGAGUGUGACUUUUAAGGUUAGGUAAUAAAAGACCCUGUGGCUUCUGUCUUGCUCUCUCACUCUGGGGAAAGCCAGCUGGCAUGUCAUGGGGACACUCACUCAACCCAACGGAGAGGUCCAUAUAGUGAGGAACACAGGGCUCCUGCCAGCUUCAGUUUUCUUAUUUCUUCAUCCAUAAAAUGGGUACAACUAUCAUCUCGAUGCCUUUAGAAGGUAACUGAAAGAAAAUCACUUUCCAAAAGGUAAAGAAAAGCCCUGCAUAAUCUGAGACCCCAUUUCCUCUCUUCCGUAUAUUCUACCUGCCAUUGCUAUUCCUGGGACAUGCCAAGGAUCCUCUUGCCUGGAGCUUUUUUUUUUUUUUUUUGGCCGCGCCUCAUGGCUUGCAGGAUUGAACCUGGGCCACGGCAGUGAAAGCACUGAGUCCUAACCACUGGACCACCAGGGAAUCCCCCUUCCUGGAGCUUUUGCACUGGCUGUUCCUUCUGCCUAAGUACCCUUCCUGCAGACAUGGGCAGGGCUUGCUUCCCCACCUCUCUCGGGUCCCUGCUCACAUAUCACCAUAUCAGUGAGGCCUUUCCUGACCACCUUAUAGAAAAGACCUCCCUCCAUCUCCUUUAGUCCUUUAGUUUUCUCCCUGGUAUUUAUCACCAUCUGACUUACUAUAGAUUUGUAUGUUUGUAAUCUGUCAUCCAUCACCCACCAACAUGUAAGCCGCCUCCAUGAGGUCACCACGAGGACUUCACUUACAGCUACACCUUCAGGCCUAUCAUUGUGCGUGGUACACAGUAGGUACUCAGGAAACGUCUGUGGAAUGAAUGCAUUGCUGUGGCCAUGGGGUGAGGUACUAUGAUUGACAGCCCGCUCUGGUGGAAUCACGAGGGGAGAGUGGGGGAUGGAGCAGGUUUUCCAGAGCAAGUGGGUAUCAUGGCGCACAGACAGGGCUGCUGGGAGAGAAGGUGAGAACUGGGACCCCCCCCCACCACCCAGUCCUGAGAGUCUGAUACUUUCCACAUCCACGAUUUCUCUAUUCCUCACAACACCCUGGAGAGGUAGAUAUUAUUAUUCCCAUUUUACAGUUGAGACAAGUGAGGCACAGAGAAGCUAGGUAGUACAUGAAGGUCACAGAGGGAUUCAGGAAAGGGUUCAAGGCCAAAUUCAUUUGCAUGGACUCUAUCACUACAUCUAUUUCACUAUCCUGUGGUGCUCACUGAUCACCAAGGGGUACAGCACCCCCUGACCCUGCUUCUCUCCCCCAUUUCCCCAAAGGCCCCGCCAGGGUCAACCAAGUGAGAGAGGCCAGCCCUAGCCUCUCCUCUGCUCCCCGGGCUCCAGGGCAGGCUCUGCAGGGCAGGCAAUGCCAGGAAGGGUUAACAAGGAGUGUUUGUAGCAGCUGCUGUCUCCAAGGAGAGGAAAGCAGAGUGGAGAGGCCAACAGCCAGACUCCAGGCCCUCGGCUGCGGGCCGGUAGGGGGUGGGAGGCAGCCAGCGCGGCCUGUCCAGCCGUGGGGGGCAGAAAGGAGUGUCCUCACCUCCAUCCGUCCUGGGAGGUGGCGACCUCUGAGCAGACUGGGCAGCUGGGACGUGAGGUCGCUGCAGGGCUACCAAGUAGGAAAGUUCUGGCAGGGACUGAGGAAUGUGGGGGGGGCAGGAGCCAGGCCUGGCCCAGCCCAGUGGCAGCCGUGGCGGUUGCUGAAACCAGCGGCAAGUUAGCAGAGCCGUCCUGGGCUCUCAGAGGGUAGAAGGGGACCCCUGUGUCAGGGAGAACCAGCCAAGACCCAGCAGGUGGCAGGAGAGAAGACACGGCUGUGGGAGAGAGGAGGCGGCCGGCCCUCCCCUGCUGGCGGUCCAGCCAUGUCCCAGCCCAGGGCUGGCAGGGGGAGGCCUGGGACCCUGGGGCCUCUGGUGCACAGCAUCCGGCCCUUUAAGUCCAGCGAGCAGUACCUGGAAGCCAUGAAGGAGGACCUGGCCGAGUGGCUUCGGGAUCUCUACGGGCUGGACAUCGAUGCGGCCAACUUCCUGCAAGUGCUGGAGACGGGCCUGGUGCUGUGCCAGCAUGCCAACGCCAUCACGGAGGCCGCCCUGGCCUUCCUGGCCGAGACACCUGCCCGAGCCCAAAAGAUUCCCCUGCCUCAGGCUGGGGUUUCCUGCAAUGGGGCUGCCCAGCCGGGCACCUUCCAGGCCCGGGACAACAUCUCCAACUUCAUCCAGUGGUGUCGCAAGGAGAUGGGCAUCCAAGAGGUACUGAUGUUCGAGACGGAGGACCUGGUGCUGCGCAAGAACGUGAAGAACGUGGUGCUGUGCCUGCUGGAACUGGGCCGCCGGGCCUGGCGCUUCGGCGUCGCGGCGCCCACCCUGGUGCGGCUGGAGGAGGAGAUCGACGAGGAGCUGCGGCUGGAGCUGGCCCUGCCCCCACCCGACCCCCCGCCGCCCGAGCCCCCCGCGCGCCGGCCCUGCCACUUCCGCAACCUGGACCAGAUGGUUCAGAGCUUGGUGAGCCGCUGCACGUGCCCAGUUCAGUUCUCCAUGGUCAAGGUGUCCGAGGGGAAGUACCGAGUGGGAGACUCCAACACCCUCAUCUUCAUCCGGAUCCUCCGGAACCACGUGAUGGUGCGUGUGGGGGGCGGCUGGGACACACUCGGUCACUAUCUGGACAAACAUGACCCCUGCCGGUGCACGUCCCUCUCACACAAGACGGGCAGCUUCCUGAAGCCCCCUGCCCCACCGGUGCAGCAUGAAGUGCGGGUGCAGGACGGGCCCUCGCAGCCCCAGCCUACGAUGACCAUCAGCCGCUCCCAGAGCCCACUGCCCCCCGUGGACUGGAAGACAUACACCUCUUCAGGUCGAAAGCUGAGGCCCCUCACCGCCUCCUCCCUCAGACCCCGCCGUGAAUGGAGAGCAGAGGCAGGGAUUCUCAGAGAGACAGCACCAUUCCUGAGGUGCCAGGAGAAGUCGUUCACCCCAUCUCGGAGGCAGCUGUCAUCUGGGGACAGCCCACCCAGCCCCCAAUCCUCAUCCACUCCUAGGGGCCAAGACCCACAGCCCACCUCCUCAGGGAAGAGGGAGGACAGAUACCCCCCUGAAGUCCCCAGGGGAAGGACUCCCACAUCUUGGGUUCACGAGGAGACAGACAGCUGGGGAACUCAUGCCAGGACCCCCACCCCCCAGAGACUCCGAGCCCCUGAGGCCACCACCAAAGGGACAUCAGCAAGAGAACCAUCUCCCCUGCCUUGUUCCUCCGUCCCAACCAGGCCUGUGGUCCUUAGGUCACCACCCCGGGGUGAGGCCGAGGGUGCGUCCUCUCAGCUCAGGGAGGCAGCAUCUGUCCAUUCUCCAUCCCCUGUUAAAGGACCCACCAAGAUCCCAGUCCGGUUGUCCCCAGCUCACCCCCCUACUCCAGGAAGAAGCUUUCCAGGUACUGCAAGUGAAGGUCCCAGGACAGAACUGGGGAGAGACCCCAUUCCACUAGGGGCCAUUACUGGGGACCUGUCUGGGUCCAGACAUGGGGACUGCUCUGUGGAAGAGAGGCAAGAGGACCAGAAGCUGGAUGUCCAGGUGACAGCAGAGGCUGGAGAGCCCCAGGGCCUGGGCUCACAGCACUGGGAGGGGAGGUGCACUCCGCUGCCCUCAGGCAGGAGCAAGGAGCAAGGCAUCUACCACAGCCUUGAGGAGGAGCUUUCGGCCGGCGUGAAGCUGCUACAGGUGGGGGGUGCUUGCCCCCAGGGCGCAGGGUCUGGGGUCAUUCCUCGCAGUGGAGUCUACGUGCCCAGUCUGGGUGGGCGAUGGCCUGAGCCUGGGGGUCUUUAUGACAAAGUCAUCCAAGAACUGGCUCAGGGCCCCCCACCCCUCCUUAAGGUGGACCUGGGAGCCUGGAAGGCAGCCCCUACAGACUCCCCUAAGCCGGCUGUAACUGCAGGCCCAGGAAGCCCAAAAGGGAAACUGGGAACCCGAGAGAGUGAGCUGAGGACAAAAGCAAGCCCAAGCGCCAAGGGCGCCAGGACAAGGAAGGUCCCAGCUCAAGGGGGACAGGACUGCUCAGCCCCUACUGUGUCUGCCAGCCCAGAGUCCCCCACACCUUCACCCGCUGGCCCCAGUUCUGAUAAAGCCAAGACAUGCCCAGGCAAGGGCAAGAGAACACUCCGGAAGCCCCAGAGAGUCCCAUCCGUCUACAAGCUGAAGCUGAGGCCCAGGAUUCGGCCCCGGAGAGACCACAGGCCUGAGAAUCGGCCUUCACGAAUCCCCAAGCCAUUGACCUACCUCUACCUGGGUCCAGCCAGGGCACCACCCAGGGGCAGGCUGGCGAGAGCUGCACUGGGCAGCAAGGGAAGGGAGGCAGCCCUGGUGGAUGGAGCCUCAGCGAGGGAGGAGGAAGGGAAGGAGAGGAAAGAGCCAGCCGCCCCACUGGAAAGUAGCUCCCAGCUUUUGGAGGGCCAGGGGCCUCAGCAGCUUGAUCAAGCCUCCCUCUCACCCGAGGAGGAGUCUUGGGUCUGAGAAGGUGCUUCUCCUCCCUGAGCCUGUGGGUAUGGGGGAGGAGGGAAGUGAAAAGAUGCCCUUGUAUCCGUUGCACUCCCAACUGCAGGAACAGAAGGGAAGGUCCCUCACCUCAAUACAGGGCCUUGGCCAGGGGAGGUCAGAAGACAAAUAGAGACUCACUCUGCUCAGUUGAGCAGAAGGGCAACCCAUCAGUCCCUCUUUAAUUCCAGGGUGGUGGGGCUACCCUCUCAGAACAGCUCCCAAAUUCCUGUGCUCUGUUCUCUGGCCAUGCCCAUUUCCACAACUCUUCUAAGUUAUUAAACAUGAGUGGGUCUGUCCCUGA